CAUCAUCAUCUCUUCUUUCUCUUUUUUCUAUUUUCUCUGACCCUUUUCUUUUUCUUUUUUUAUUUUUCCUUUUACCUUACAUUAACAGCAAAAAACACAUUUCUUUCUAUUUCAUCAUGUCAGCUUUACGGUUUUUCUUUUUCAACAAAACAUCAACAGCAGCGCUGAAACGGAAAAGGAACAUUCAUUUCGUUGUUGCUGAACGGUACCUGACAACGUCCUUCUCUACGAGACUUGCAGCGGUCACCACACAAGAACAACAACCACAGCAACAACAACAACAACAACAAAAGGCAGCAGAUGCUAGUUCUCUAUCCGCCGCUGCCUUCCAUGCUUUGAACAGUAAAGCAGCAACAGAAGGCAUUCUUAGAAAUGAUUGGACAAGAGAGGAGAUCCAAGCAAUAUACGAUUCUCCCUUGAUGGACUUGUUGUAUUACGGCGCUAAAACACAUAGAGAGAAUUUCAAUCCUCGCGAAGUGCAACAAUGCACUCUACUUUCCAUCAAAACAGGUGGAUGCACAGAAGACUGCAAAUACUGUCCUCAAUCCUCUCGUUAUAAAACGUCGGUGAAAGCUCAAAAAAUGCUUGAUUCAGAUUCUAUCCUUUAUGCUGCUCAAAGAGCCAAAGACGCUGGUAGUACUAGAUUCUGUAUGGGUGCUGCGUGGAGAGAUUUAGCAGGUCGUCAUUCAAACUUUAACAAAAUUUUAGAACAUGUUAAAAUCAUUCGCGCCAUGGGUAUGGAAGUAUGUUGUACUUUGGGUAUGUUGAAUGAAGAACAAGCCAAAGCACUCAAAAAUGCCGGCUUAACAGCCUACAACCACAAUUUGGACACGUCGCGUGAAUUCUAUCCAAGAAUCAUCACCACGCGUAGUUAUGACGAACGUCUUGAAACCAUCAGCAACGCUCAAAAAGCGGGCAUCUCUGUUUGCUCGGGUGGUAUCAUCGGUCUCGGUGAAAGAAAAGAGGAUCGUGUCGGUCUCCUUCACACAUUAUCAACGCUCCCUCAACAUCCUGAAAGCGUGCCUGUCAACGCCUUGGUGGCCGUCGAGGGAACGCCCUUGGAGAAACAAAAACCGGUCUCUGUCUUUGAAAUGGUGCGUAUGAUUGCCACAGCACGUAUUCUUAUGCCUAAAUCCAUGGUACGAUUGUCAGCAGGACGUGUGCGAUUUUCUGUACCUGAACAAGCCCUGUGUUUCAUGGCGGGGGCCAAUUCCAUUUUUACAGGAGAUAAACUGUUAACAACACCGAAUAACGAGUUUACAGACGACCAAAAGAUGUUUGAGUUGUUAGGUUUAGUACCCAAAGCACCUAAUUUUGAACAAGGUGCUGAUAAAAGAAAGGAGGAUAUACCGGUGUAUCAAAUGCCAAAAUGCUUCAAGCCUGCUGCUGCUGUUGCUGAUGCUGCUCAAAACGAUGGGCAGUAAAUAUAGAAAUCGUGAAAGAAGAACAAGAACAAAUAGUCAACCAUCAUAAUUAAGAAAAAAAAAAUGCAGCUAAAUAAAUGCUUAUAGAUGAUUUACAUUGAUACAAAAAUAAACAAAAAAAGAAAAAAAAAAGAAAAAAAAAAAGAGAAAGAUGCUAA